AAGUGAAAAUUUGCAACAGUACGUAAAAUACCUUGCGAGUGCCGUGACUCCACUAUUGGACCUCGGAUCGACUUCCGAUUUGUUGGAGCCAACAGCUGAGAAGUUUCUAAUGCGAAUAGGUCUUUCGAUUACUCGAUUCCGUUCAGGGAAAGCCGAGUAACGAAAUAUUUGAGUGUUUUCAGAACUUCAUAGUGAUGCGGAUCAUGCGGCGCUCGAAAUUCUCAAGGCGCACGACGAAAAGUGCGCCCUAAAAGAAAAUAUGGAGAGCGAAGGCGCGCGAGAGCGAUCGCUCUCCUUUUACCAGAUGGUGUGCCUGUACUCUAGGUGUCUACACCCUGUGAUGAUGGACAUCGCAAGGAUGCGGGUGUGAAUAUCCCUUCCGGCAGAUAACAUGUAUUUCUGAUCAACACUACAACAGCUGGCAUAGUGCACAGGUUUAUACUGGACUGGACUGGUGCCCAUUCUGGCUGUGUAAGCUGGAAUCACAGCGGCGCGUAUCUACCAGAUCCUAAACCCUUUGUGCUGUGCUGUAUGCGCGUGUGCGUGUGUAUGCAUAUCCUCAGCCUGGUGUGUGUGUGUGUGUGUGUGUGUGUGUGUGUGUGUGUGUGUGUGUGUGUGUGUGUGUGUGUGUGUGUGUGUGUGUGUGCGUGUGUGUCAUACAUUGAACCUUGCGAAUACCGACCCUCGCUUUUGCACGAGUAUGAGUAGGGUGGUGUUAUUCGUGAGGUGGGAACUAGGCAGGCAUGAGCACACCCAAUGUGAUCAGAAAGUGAACUACAAUCCUACAAUUGUAGCGUUGGUGAUGUUGAUGUGUGUACUCGGCUUGCCUCCCUUCCAACGUACUGAUUGUGCACUAUUUUCUCUCUUUGUCUGUGUUCAGGCAUGCUUUUCUCAGCGUGAAAAGGCUUACCAGGCUUGGCAAAUAGCACAGACUAAUCUCAUCAAGGAGCGCGAGCAGGAAGGCAAGCUGCAGGCAGCCGGUAACACUGAGAAGGUCAAGCUCUGUCAGGAGGAGAUUGUACAGAUGGAGACACGCGUCGAGAAGGGAGAGGAGGAAUUCAACAACAUCUCCAAGGUGAUGCGCGCGGAAAUCGAGCGGUUCGAGGGCCAGAGAAAGAAGGACUUCAAGGCCAGUAUCCUACGCUACAUGGAGAAGAUGAUGCGUAACCAAGAGCAGCUGAUCAAGUACUGGGAAGCUUUCUUACCGGAGGCUAAGUCCAUUGCAUAGUUCCAUCAACCUGUGCUGCAGCUCGCUCAUGUUCUGCUAGUCUGACAUUCGGUGGGUGGGUGCCCGCGCGCACGCACGCACGCCCACCAGGAACUUGUGGUGCUGACUAAAUGCUAUUUUUGCCUCGUUUGCUAGGAGAAAGAUAUUAUGAAGAAAUUUGUCAAUUAGCUUGUGUGCCACAUUCAACACUACUAGCUUCCAAUGUCAUUUCCAACAGUCUCCUUGUUGGCCUUGUUUUUACCAAAUUCCUCAGUGGAUGCUGAAUGCUAAACUUGUUCCAUUGUGUUUUAAAUACUGAACUGCAAUGGUCGUCUCUUUGUUUUGUUUUCCGGUCCAGUCUUUGUCAGAUUGCUGGAUCAAUUAUCCGUUGCGUGCAUCCUAUCUUCUACUUGUUUUGCGUUGUUGUUGUUUGUCCGCUGCCGGCACAAGGCGAUGCGGCUGUGUUUCUGAUUUUUUCCGUUUGUUUUUGUUUUAGUCCGUGGGCUCCCCUGCGCCCUCUAACCCUGACCCGUGCUGACGCGACCCACUCUGUACCCCCAUUGCUCUCUCUCUCUCUCUCUCGUAGACACGCGCUUAAAUUGCAUUAAUUUCUGUGUUUUUUUCUCAAUUCUCAAGACCAUCCCUACGUUCCCCUGGCUGGGAAUUCCUUGCCCACAAAUCCAGCAUCAGCGAAUGUACUAUUUUUUUAUGAUUGUGUGUAUGUUUUGCUCAAUAUGUUGCAAUGUAAUCUUACUCCUGGAAUGAAGCACUUCUCCAUUUGUAGGUAAUUGUUUCGCUUCGUUAAUGCAAUGUAACUGCUGA